AUGGCGAUGCCCAUUAGCGUUCGUUGCAGGACCUGCCGCAACUACAUCAACAGAGGCACCAAGUUGAAUUCCCGCAAAGAAGCAGUGUUUGACGACGACGGUGUCAAAACAUAUAGGUUCUCCUUCAACUGCAGCAAGUGCUCUGCUAAGAUUGUGUUAGCCAGAAACCCGAAAACUUCAAUCACUGUAAUAAAGUCAGGCGCAAGUCGAAACUUGGACCCGGACCCUUGGCUUUCAGAUUACUAUGAGAAGGAAAGAGAAAAGGAAAUGGAAGAGGAAAAGAAGUUGGAAGAGCAGGAGGAGCGAGCAAUAGCACUCCUAAAAAUAAUAUUGGGAGCAUCACCAAAUUAUGCCCCAAAAAGAAUCCACGAUGGUCAAGAUCUUGAUGAUGAUGCGGAUGGUGAAAUUGGAAUCAUUGAUUUAAAGAGGAAAAAGGUUGAUGAAGAAACGAGUAUUCACAACAGCUCUCACCCUGAAGAGAAAUCAGGACGCAGACGAACUCGAUCUUCAUCAGUUAGGUUUCCUAACAAGGUUUACUCUUUAAGGGCAAGAAAAGAACUAAAGCAAUGA